AUGAAAAUAAUAAAAACAAAAUCGAAUUUAUUUGAUCCUAUUAUUUCAUCGAAUAAAUAUGUUGGUCAUAUAAAAGAAAAUGAACGUACAGUUGAAGUUAAACCUAGUUUAUAUGCAUCUGAUGCUGAUCCAUCAAAUUCUCUAAAUGGCCAAAUUUGUGGUUAUGAAUUAUCAUUACAUAAACAUGAUGAUAUUGUUGAUGAAACAUCAGAAAAUAUACCAUUUAUCGUUGAAUUAAUUAAUAAACAACCUAUUAUUCAACUUAAAACACAUAUAGAUAAACUUGAUUGUGAAAUAAAACAAUCGUAUCGUUUAUUUAUACGUGCAUAUGAUUGUGCAAAUAAUAAUGAACGUCGUUAUUCGGAAAGAGCAUCAUUAAUUAUUACAAUUGAUGAUGUCAAUGAAUUUGCACCAAUAUUUACGCAUAAGAAUUAUUUAUUUAAAUUACAUCAAGAUCAAAAUUGUUUAUCAUGUCGUGUUGAAGCAAUUGAUGAUGAUUGUUCAAAUAUAGAUAAUCGUGUAUGUGAUUAUCAAAUACAAACAUCUAAUGUUCCAUUUUCUAUUGGCUCAAACGGUUCAAUAUCUAUUACAACACCUUUAAUGAAUGACACAUAUGAAUUUGAUGUUGUUGCUAUUGAUUGUUAUCCAUCAUCAUCAGAUAAUGAUACAAAAAAAAUUAGUGAACCUGCAAAAGUUACUAUAAAAAUAAUCAAAUCAUGUAAACCAACAAUAACAGAUGAUUAUCCAACAAAAUCAACAAUUCAUGCUGAUCAUACUCAUAUAUUCGACACUCUACAUGUUGACAUAUGUGAAGAAACAUGUGCCGUUGAAAAUAUUAUUGGUACAGUUACACUGGACAGUAAUGGAAUAGAUAGUGGUUGUAAUCUUGAACAAUGUUCAUCAAUUAAUCGUGAAUAUGUUUUAAUACCGAAAGAUAUUGAUUUUAAUCAAGCACCUCAAUCACGUUAUAUGUCAUUUGAUGGUAUAAAGCAAACUUCAAUUAUUCAAAAAAACGACUUUUCAGGUCAAUUAAAAAAUGAUUUUACUAUACGUAUGUGGAUGAAACAUGCUGAUGAAGAAAAUGAUGAAAAAGAAAAUAUCUUUUGUAAAACUGAUGAAAAACUUAAAAAUCGUCAUCAUACUGCUUUAUUUAUUCAAGAUGGUUAUUUAAAAUUAUUAAUACGUAAAGAUCCAGUAUCAAUAAAUGAUAAAGAUGUUUAUGCAUCAGAAUGGAUGUGGAAAAUACCACAAGUAAAUGAUAAUCAAUGGCAUUCAUAUAAGUUAUUUGUUAAUUAUCCAAAUAAAAUUGAUUUAUAUAUUGAUGAUGAAUUAUUUAUAGCAACGAAUGACAACUUUAAAGUUAUUGAAGAUUUUCCAUUAUCAAUUAUUGAAGGAACUCAAGAUACAACAUUUGUUGUCGGUGCUUGUUGGCAUGCUCGAGCAUCUCAAAUGGUUCAACAUUUUCAUGGUCAAUUAUCGGGUCUUUCGAUUGAACAAAAAGAAGCAUUACCAGAUUCAAUUUCAUGUAUUCAAGAUUGUCAACAAUAUCUUGAUAUGCCCGAUAUUCAAAUUCAACCGAGCAUUGAAUUUAUUAGUAAUUCAAAUCGAUCUAUAUGGAAUUUACGUACAGAUUCAAGUGAAUCAUAUGAAGACUUAUUAAAACAUAUUGUUUAUCGUAAUACAUUUGAACCUAUUGGUCCAUCGGGUCAACGAACAAUAUCCAUACAAACAACAUUAAAAUGCUUAGGUGAAAAUUAUACAUAUAAUUUACCAAAAUUUAUUCGACGUUUAUCAAUUGAUGAACCUAUUCGUCCAACAAAUAUUGCACUUAAAGGUGAUACAAAUUUUUUCGUAUCAGAACAAAUAAUUAAUCAAGGAAUAUAUUUAUUUAAAAAUUUAUCAAUUUAUACUGAUGGUAUAAAAAAUGAUCAAGUUGAUAUAAGUGAUUGUAGUAUUAAUACAUCACCUGAUUUAACAAAUAAUGAACUAUUAAUUGUACCUGAUGAUAAUUUUCAUAUAAAUAAUCUUCAAAAAGAUCUUACACAAACUGGUUUAAUACUAUCAGGUUCGGGUUCAAUUGAUUCUUAUCAAUAUAUGAUUCAACAUAUAGCUUAUGUAUCAAAAUCACCUGUAAAAUAUAAUGAUCGAACAUUUUCACUUGUUUGUGUUGGAACACAUGAUCAAAUAUCAACAAAUGAAAUUCUUAUUCGAAUUCUUAUUGAAAAACAAGCACCUCCACCAGCUCCUGUUGCAGCUGCUUUAUCGAAUAAAUUAUUUGUUGAUAAUGAUCAAAUUCGUGAUACGCUAUUUGAUAUUGGAGAAAGAUCUCGACCAAAUAAAAAUCUAUCAGUUGGUCUUGCUAGUGUACUUGUUCUUUAUCUUGUUGUUCGCAUGCGUUCUGGUAAUAGACAACCUAGUCCAUUAACGGGCACAGGGGAUGAUGUACAUUCCCAAAUGGAAUGGGAAGAUGAUAUUGGACUUAAUAUCAUUGUCAAUCCAUUGGAUACAACAAAAAAACCCGUCCAACCAAUGAAUGUUCAUAAUAUAAAACAGACAACAGAUAAAUAUGAAGGUACAACUUCUGACGAAGAUGAAUAUGAUGAUCAUAGUCAUAAUGAAUAUUCAUCUGAUGAAGACGAUGAUGAUUAUGAAGAUGAUGAUGACAAUAAUCAAAUACAUCAGAAAAAGAAUGAUCAUCAAUUAGAAUGGGAUGAUGAAGCUAUGGAAUAUGGACCGAAAAAAGUUUAA